AUGUCACUGAAGCGUUUCGCUACUUUAGCGUUACAUUUUACGGAAGUGUUAUUGUAUAAAUUUGGCAAAUAUUCAGCAUCGUCACGAAUUUCAUUGUUGCCAAUUGUUAAAGCAAAUCUGCGAAAAAAUGUUGGCCUUACGGAAUUCACUCAGAAUAAAUAUACGCUUACACGAUUAUUUCGUUCCAUUUUGCGCGGUUUGAAUUCGCGAAUGUUUAUUCGGCCUUUCUCCACAGUCGAUCAUAAUAAAGUUCGAUUCUCGAAUGGUCGAAUUAAUAGGCAUUAUUUCAUUGUCAUAAAACGAAAACCCUAUACAGUUUUCGACAAAAUAAAGCAUUUGUUCUCUACGCAUGAGCGAUUUAACAGAACAUUGUUAGGCGCCGAUUUGCCGGAUCGUCUCGAUGGAUAUGAUAUAGGGUCAAAUAUUGCUUGUGGAUGUAAUGCAGCAAUUUAUGAACUUCGUGUCAAAGAACCAAUUUUGAAUAUUCGUCGAAGUAAUGCGCCUUUGGAAAAUCACGAAUUUCCUUCUACAUCAAAUUUUUCUAGAGAUUAUUCUGUAGGUGCUCGAUUGAAGGCCUAUCCUCUCGCUCUGAAAAUCAUGUUUAAUUAUGAUUUCGAUCUUCCUGAACAUUAUUUAUGGUUGGAUAUGUGUAAUGAAUUAAUUCCGUUGGAUGAUGCGAAACAUUUACUUAGAGAUCGCUUCAUAAACCUUCGUACUUUGCCUCAUUGUCAUCCCAACAUUGUGAAAAUGUAUAAAGCAUUCAUUGAUCGCAUGCCAAUAUUCGAAGAAGCUCAGAAUUUAUACCCGGAAGCUUUACCAACUGCAACUUUCCACGGUAAUACAUUAUUAGAGCCGCGAACAAUGUUUAUCAUUAUGAAAAGAUAUCGUAUGACAUUACGAGAAUAUAUAUUGACUAGAAAACGAAAUUAUUGGACAGGUCGUGUUCUUUUUGGUCAAUUACUUGAAGCUAUUGUUUUUCUUUUCGAUAACCAGAUAAGUCAUCGUGAUAUGAAAUCGGAUAAUAUCUUGCUGGACUUCGACUGCGAUAGUGAUAUUCCACACUUGGUUCUUUCUGAUUUUGGAUGUGCUUUAGCCACAGGAUCAUUUUUGGUUAAUUAUACUAAUGAUGAGGUGAAUCUAGGUGGUAAUCUAUCUCUUCGUGCACCAGAAGUUCGACGAGCUGUGCCAGGCAUCGGUCAUUUCGUCAAUUUUAGCAUGGCUGACCUUUGGGCUGCAGGAACGAUUGGCUAUGAAAUCUUUACCAGGAUGAACCCUUUCUAUAAACAGAUGAAAAGUUAUGAUUAUAUGGAAUUUGAACUUCCGCAACUUCCGAGGAGAAUCCAUUAUGCAGUAAAAAUGAUUAUUCGAGAAAUGUUGCGAAUCGAUCCCCAAAAACGCCCGAAGCCGCAUGUAGCUGCUAACUUAAUUUGUUUAUCGUUAUUUCGAUUUGGGGAAGAUUUUAAACAAUAUUUGAUUGGUAGCGGAAUCGAUUUCUUAUUUAGUACAGAAGGCAUCUCGAAAUUAGGACAUCUGGAACAAGGUACCGGUGAUAAAAUUCGUCUGUUCGAAAGGAAAAUUAUGGAAAAUUUAAAUGAUGUUAUGCUUUUAUAUGCUUCCGAAACGAUUCUUGCAAAAAAUCUUGAAGGCGUUGCCAUUAGUCAGGCGGAAAUACAAUUACGAUCAACUUUUUUAUCUCGUUUGGACUAUGAAGAUGUAUGGUCCGCAAUCGCCUAUUUUUAUGUUGAUGAGGAGAAAAUUCAUUAA